AUGAUGGCGUGCCCUUCGUCCAAAACUAGCCUAGUGCAGGCCAACCUCCACCACAGCGAAACUGCGUCGGCUCAAUUGCCCAAGUGGUUGGAGGUUCAAAGGACCAUAGCCUUAAUCCAGGAGCCGUGGGUUGGGGCUUGUAAAAUUAAAGGCCUAAACAACCUAAAAGGUAAGCUAUUCUACAGCUCUGAACACGACAAGCCUAGAGCGUGUAUUUACACUACUAUAGAUAUCUGUGCACAACCAUUAACAGAUUUGUGUUCUAGAGACAUGUAUGCCGUGGCAAUACAAUACACACAGGCGAGGAGAUUAGUCGUCGCCUCGGUCUACAUGCCGGAGGAAGACACUCCUCCCCCUCAUGACCUCGGCAGGCUGAUGAACUUCUGCAAGAGGACCGGACUAGAGGUUGUGAUCGGGACGGACUCCAACGCACAUCAUCCCCUUUGGGGAAUGGAAAAACCAAACGAACGAGGAAAGUUAUGA